CACAUGGGACAACAGAAAAAUAGACCAUUACGUCGACAUCUGGGCUUUGGGUUGUAUAUUGUAUACACUGUGUUAUAUGCAACACCCAUUUGAAGACUCCGCGAAAUUGGCUAUAUUGAAUGGGAACUACAAUUUGAACCCCAACGAUCAACGAUUCAAAUGCUUCCAUGAGAUUAUAAGUGGUUGCCUAACAGUGAAUCCUCAGGCGCGCUUGGCAAUAAGCAGUGUGCUCGAACGGGUGGCAGCGAUAGCAGAGUCGAACAAUGUCAAUCUCAAGCAACCACUCAAAUUUGAGCGUAAAAAAGUUGAACAAUCUGUGGCCACUAGCUCGCCAGGUAAUAAGAAGUCAACGAACAACGACGUGGUCGUAAGCAAUCAAGAAGUGUCGAAUCCGAAACCGCCGGAACCGAGCCGCCCGCCUCCACCAGCACGACCUCCCGCGGCGCCACAUUACGCGCCCCCUCCGCAACCCACGCCCGCCUCUGGAGGUCUCUUCUCGUCCAUAAAAGGAGGCGCUGGAAGCUUCCUGAAGAAUUUGAAAGAUACUUCUUCAAAGGUCAUGCAAACAGUUCAACAGUCCAUAGCUCGAACAGAUCUCGACAUAACUUACAUAACUAGUCGAAUUAUUGUGAUGCCAUACCCCUCUGAAGGACUGGAAAGUGCUUAUAGGACUAACCACAUUGAAGAUGUCAGGGUAUUUCUCGAAACCCGCCACCCUGGCGGGCAGUAUUGCGUGUACAACGCCUGUCGAGGCGCCCGCCUGCACUUCCCGCGCCACGUGCUUGUGACGGACGCGUGUCGCGCGCUGUGGCCCACUCCCGCGCAUCGGGCGCCGCUGCUCUCGCCGCUCUACGUGCUGUUGCAGCAUAUGUACCAGAACCUAGCCAAGGACGAUCGGGGUGCCAUCGUUAUUACCUGUCAGGACGGCAAAGGCAUGUCCUGCAUGCUCCUUUGCGGACUCCUGUUAUACGCAAAGCUGGUGACGGUACCCGAGGAUGCGCUGCAGAUCUUUGCUGUGAAGCGGUCGCCUAUCAACUGUCCGCCUAGUCAGCUCAGAUACCUUUACUAUUUGAGCAAUAUUAUAAGACCUGAGCCAAUACUCCCUCACUUCAGGCCGGUGUCGUUGGUAUCACUCACUAUUCAGCCCGUGCCUCUCUUCACGAAAGCCAGAGACGGAUGCAGACCGUACAUUGAAAUCUACAACGAAGACAGAAUGCUGCUUUCCACGCUACAAGAUUACGAUAGAUUGCAUCUUUACACGAUGGCUGAGGGCAAGGUGACCCUCCCACUGGACACGACAGUAGUGGGCGACGUGUUAAUAUCAGUGUACCACGCAAGACAACAGCUAGGUCGCAUACAUAAUGUGCCGAUACUAUCAGUCUCUUUCCACACUGGUUUUCUGGCGUACGACCAGCAUGCCAUCAAGUUUUCCAGGCCAGAGAUCGAUGGCAUAGACGAUUCACUACCGGUGAACGAUCACUUCUCAAACAACACGAGCGUGAUAAUCAGUCUACUGGUACAGAACAAGGAGCGUCGUAAACCACGUUGCGACAUUUGGGAAGCGGACCAUUCGUUCCCUAUUAGAACACCCGAUGUAUUGUUCUCUACCAAUUUGGAGAGAGAUGAGACUAUUGACAAUUUCGCGAAUCUUCGAAGCAACUCGGCAUUGCCGCAGACAAUCACAGCUGACGAGUACCCUCAAAAGGAGACGGAGAAGCAGCCACCUGCUCGUCCAGCACCCCCCUCUCCGCAACCCCCGCCACGUGUCGCGCCUCCUAAGCCUGCUCCCCCUGCACACCCCGCACCGCCAUCACCUCUCACGUCCUCCUCGGCCACCGCGGACUUUCUAAAUCUGAACUCCUCGGACGCCGCUCAACAGCCCAAAGCGGAAAAGAAACUAAAAAGCGAGGAGUCCUUCGAUUUCUUCGGUAUGAUGGAGAAGCAGGAUGAUGCUUUUGGCGACUUCCUGAGUGUUCAGGCUGCGGCUGAUAAUCCUACGCCUUUCUCUUCCGAGUCCAUAUUCAGCGAUCUACCAGCUCCACCCACUGAACCAGAAGUCACUGCCACAGCAAAAUCGAGUGACAUUAAUUUCGAUCCGUUCGGACUCAACGACCCACUGCCUAAGCAAGAACCGCUGCUUACGCCAAAGAUGGCCACUGAUGAUGUUCGACAACAAAACCCACCUCCAGAACAAGCUCAAACGAAAAAGGACCCGUUCGCAGACCUCAACCUUCUCGGUGCUAAUAUCCCCACAAGUAUCCCUAAUCAGCCGACCGCCCAGCCGGGGUCAACGCCCGGCAUUACACCUCGAGCGUCUCCGGCACAUACUCCGAUGCACCAAACGCACACACCAGCGCGUUCGCCUGCGCAUCAACCUGAUUACAGUCGAGCGCAUUUUGAACCUGCUAAAACACCAGCUGACGACAAACCCAAGAAGUCAGGCGAUGUGUUCGGCGACCUCCUUGGCAGUCAAGGCUACGACUUCGCCAAACGUGAAGCUGGACCCAGAACUAUGAACGCUAUGCGGAAAGAAGAGAUGGCUAAAGAAAUGGACCCUGAAAAAAUAAAAAUACUUGAAUGGACUGAAGGCAAGGAAGGGAACAUUCGUGCACUACUCUGCUCUCUACACACAGUGGUAUGGGAGGAUUGUCGGUGGACGACGUGCAACAUGUCGCAGCUUGUCACUCCCGCUGACGUCAAGAAGAACUAUCGCAAGGCUUGUCUUGCUGUUCAUCCCGAUAAGCAAGUAGGCACCCCUAACGAGAAACUAGCGAAAAUGAUCUUUAUGGAACUGAAUAAUGCGUGGAGCGAGUUCGAGAACGACGCGAAGCAACAGAACCUAUUCCAGUCUUAACCUCGUGAUUAUUAAUUAACGUAAGUGUUAUUGUCAAUGCUUGUGGAAUAUUUCGAAAAAAAAUCUCCAUUUAGUUUAGCUAAAACUGUUUGAUCAUUUUUUCUCCAAGAAUACUAUAGGUCUUUAACUCAACCACUCGUUUUAUAGACAGAGGCUUAGUGUUUCCCCAUGUGUUUCCUAAGUUUCCAACAAUCCCGUACCAUAUUCUCUGAAGAGGGAACCUCUUCAAGAACAUAGCUUUUAAUAGAAAACAACUUUUAUAUUUAUAAUUAAGAAAGAUUCGAUGUAUUGGUGGUUUUAUAACUAUUCAAAAUAUUUCACGGGCAUUUGUAUGUAGUUAAUAAAAGGCUUCUAUAGUUAUACUCCAAUAUAUUUUAAAAUAACAAUGAUGUUCCCAUUAUGUAGGUGCAAGGAAAUGAGUCGGUUAUUUACUCAGAAACUUAAAAUAUUACCACUGAAAAGGUUCAAUUGUUUAUUAUAGCUAUACGUUAAGUUACACUUAUAGUUCCGUUACUAAACGAAGGGCUCCGACAGCUCAUAGUUUGCAACUAAAUUAAAUCCAAACAAGAAAAAUGUAUGUUGCGUAGUCUUAUGUAAAAUGAUCAUAUCUUUUUUGGUAAUUAUUUAAUAACAAUAUUUGUUUAAUAUUGUUGAAAUCAAUGUCAGUUGUCAGACCUCUUCAAAUUAUAUUAACCAAACCAUAUUACAUUUAUGAAGAAAUAUUGGUCAGUGUUAGCUUUAAAGAUUAACGAAAACCCUGUUAUAAAACUAAUUUCAGUAUUCAAUGAUAAUAAAUGAAAAUAUCCACGCCUUUUCUUAAAUAUACUGCGUGAAGUAUAGAAAGAUAUAUAUAGAUAUUGUAAAUGAGGAUAUAUGGGUAGAGCGCACGUUAGGAAAAAAAUUGUUGGCAUUUUGUAGCUAGUUGUCGGUUUUAUGAUUCAUGUUUGUAGCUUCAAAACCUAGUUAUAGUAAAUCCAUACAUAUUGUAUAGACAGAUAUUAAUAGAAAACAUAUAUGUACCUUCUUUUUUAAUUAUUAGGUACACAAUUAUAUUGAGGCUUUGUUGCUAAAGUAACAUGAUCAAACUACUUAGCACUGAACACUUAAUAAUAUUUGAACUUUGUACUUAUUGUAUCUGAAGUAUGAUGAGAGCAAUUGUGUAGCACACUUUAUAAGCUGGUCGUAUGCUGAAUUUGGAUGGUUUUUUUUUCUUAU